UGCCAUGUGUGACUGCCACAGCGCCUAACAAGCCCUGUUGAUUUGGCAGGACCUGGUCAACCGGAACAAUGUCGCUCGCUCUGUAUACCUGUCUCCUCUGGCUCUGCACCAAUAGCCUCUGGACUGCUCAGGCAAGCACCAAUGAGGGUUCAAGCCCUCACCGAGGCCUGGCUCCUAUCAAUGUUGACUUUGCCUUCAACUCAUACCAACGCCGGGUGGCCCAGAAUUCUGACAAGAACACCUUAAUCUCCCCAGUAAGCAUCUCCACGGCCCUGGCCAUGAUGUCCCUAGGUACCGGGAGCUCUACCCAGUCUCUCCAGAACAUGGGCUUCAACCUCACAGACAUGCCUGAAGCUGAGAUCCACCAGAGUUUCCAGGAUCUCAAUAACCUUCUCAAGCAGUCUGACACUGGCUUAGAGAUGAACAUGGGCAAUGCCAUGUUCCUCCCCCAGAACCUGAAGCUGAAGGACUCGUUCUUAGCACACAGCAAACACUAUUAUGAGUCGGAGGCCUUGACCAUCCCUUUCAAGGACUGGACCAAAGCCAGCCAGAAGAUUAACAAGCAUGUAAAGAAUAAGACACAGGGGAAAAUUGAGCAUGUGGUCUCAGACCUGGAUAGUCCGGCCACCCUCAUCCUGGUCAACUACAUCUUCCUCAAAGGCACAUGGAAACUUCCCUUCAGUCCAGAAAAUACUAGAGAGGAGGACUUCUACGUGAAUGAGACGAGCACAGUGAAGGCGCCCAUGAUGGUCCAGUCGGGCAGCAUUGAUUACUUCAAUGAUUCGGAGAUCCCCUGCCAGUUGGUACAGAUGAACUAUGUGGGAAAUGGAACUGCCUUCUUCAUUCUUCCAGACCAGGGCCAGAUGGACACCGUAAUCGCUGCACUUAAUCGGGAUACAAUUGAUAGGUGGGGCAAGCUCGUGACCCCAAGGCAGGUGAACCUGUACAUCCCCAAAUUCUCCAUGUCUGAUACCUAUGACCUUAAAGAUGUAAUGGCAGAUAUAGGCAUUAAGGACUUGUUCACCGACCAAUCAGAUUUCUCAGGCACCACCGAAGAUGUUCCCUUGACAUUAACGGUCAUCCACAAAGCUACACUCCAACUGGAUGAAGGGAAUGUGCAGCCUGUUGCCACCACUGGGACUCCCCUACACCUGCCCUCUGAAUCACUCACCGUCAAGUUCAACAAGCCCUUCAUCCUCCUGAUCUUUGACAAGUUCACAUGGAGCAGCCUGAUGAUGAGCAAAAUCUUAAAUCCAGCCUAAGAGCAUGUCCCGAGAAGCCAUGUGCCAUCUGACUUUGGGGGCAUAGAAGUCUUUCUCCAGUCUUCUUCAGGGUCUCCCCAACCCAACCAGGCCUUCCUACUUUUAGAUAUCUAGUAAUGAAUGGCCCCUGUUGCUACUCUCAAGACAAGUCUAUUGAGAAAGGACCACUGAGAAGGAAGUAAGAGUUA